AUGGACACCGAAGGCUCUGGGAGGCUGUGGUGGCUGCUGCUGCUGCUGUUUCUGCUGAGCCCUGCGAGGUCCGUAGCUCAAGAGCAGUUCAGUGGGUCCGGAGACCAAGAGGAGCUGGACCCAGACAUUGAGGGGACGGACCUCUCCUUGCCAUUGGUGAUCCAGCACCGGCCCACAGGCAUCCUAUACCGGAGCUUCCAGUGUAAAGCGAAGAUCCCCGAGAGUCUUUGGCUCAUUUGGCCACCGGAUUGGCGCAGUCCGGGGACCUUAGGCACGGGGGCAGGGAGCUCCUGGAAGGUGCCCAAUACAUACCUGGUGGUGUUCAUGGCAUCUCAGAGACAGGAGAUGGAGAGUAUUGUCCAUAGCCUGCAGACCUUGGCAAUCAGACGGGGCUUCAUGUUUGAAGUGCUGCAUGUCUUCAAAGACAGCUUUCCUGGAAUCCUGAUGAAGUCUGACAACGUGGGGAUGCUGGACAUGAUCCUGAGGCUGAGGGAGGUGAAGUUCAUCGAGGAGGAUUCCUUCGCCUUUGCACAGAGCCACCUGUGGAGCCCACAUCACAUUUCUUCUCUGUGGAACCACUUUGUGAGCGUCAUGUGGAAUACACGGCGGGUUUCUUCUGAGUUGGACCAAUUGAAGAGCUUCAACCACAGCAACAAGGACAACCCUGUGGAGGUGUAUCUCAUGGACACUGGGAUCCGCCCUAGUCAUCAGGAAAUCAAGGACAGGGUCACCAUCCCUAAUUUCGAGAGAGUACCUAAGGAGUGUCUGAGCACCAGUAUACCCAGGACAGAGGACAAUUGUGAAAGCCACGGCACUCACCUGGCAGCACUGGUCAGUGGCCAGAGUGUUGGCGUGGCCAAGAACAUCAACAUACACAGCCUGCAUGUGCUCAACUGCCAAGGGAAGGGCACGGUCAGCAAGAUCCUCAUGGGCUUGGAGUUUAUUUGGAAAAAGCUGGUCUCCAAGCCCUCCAAGCGGAUGGUAGUGCUGCUGCCCCUGGUGAGUGGCUACAGUAGGAGCAUCAAUAGAGCCUGCAAGCGCCUGGCAAGGGCUGGGGCAGUGCUGGUGGCCGCAGCGGGCAAUUUUCAGAGCAAUGCCUGUGCCUACUCCCCAGCGUCAUCUCCUGAGGUCAUCACUGUUGGAGCUGUCAAUUUCCAGAACCAGCCUUUCACCCAGGGAUGGCAGGGGACCAACUAUGGCUCCUGUGUGGACAUCUUUGCUCCUGGGAAAAGCAUUGUCAGUGCUGCCAAUGACUGUGACAUUUGUUAUGCAAUGAAGAGCGGAACCGCACAGGCGGCUGCCCAUGUGGCUGGCAUCGCAGCCUUGAUGCUCACUGCCCAGCCAAAUCUCACUGUGGCUGAGGUGAGACAGAGGCUGAUCCACUACUCUGUCAGCAACGCUAUCAAUGACACCUGGUUCCCUGAGGAAGAGCGAGUCAUGACCCCCAACCUGGUGGCCGCACUGCCCAACACCACCCAGGAAACAGGUGGACAGCUGUUCUGCAGGACUGUGUGGUCAGCACCCUGGAGCCUCAGGCUGACAGACAAUGCUAAGGUUCACUGUGACCCAGAGGAGGAGCUGCUGGGCUGCUCCAGUUUCUCCCAGAGUGGGACGCGGCAGGGCGAGCGUAUGGAGAUCCUAGGGAAUAGACAAGUUUGCCUGGCAUUUGGAGAUAGCCAGGUUUCUGCAGUGGCCAGAUGCUGCCUACUCCCCCAAGCCAACUGUAGCAUCCACACAGCUCCUCCAGUCUCCAUGGGGCUGAAGACAUACACUGACUGCCUGCAUCCUGACCAAGUCCUCACAGGCUGCAGCUCGCACUGGGAGGUAGAGAAUCUUGGUGACUACCCGCAUACUUCAAAGCAGAAAAGUCAUCAGCCCAGACAGUGCGUGGGACACAAGGAGGCCAGUGUCCAUGCUUCCUGCUGCCAUGCUCCAAGCUUGCAGUGCAAAACAAAGCAGUACAGGCCAUCGAGUCCCUUGGAGAAGGUCACCGUGACCUGUGAAGCGGGCUGGACUCUGACCAGCUGCAGUGCCCAUCCUGAGACCUCUGUCACCCUGGGAGCUUUCCCUGUGGACAACACGUGUGUGGUGAGACACCGGGGUCCUCACAAAAGAGGAUGGACCAUCCCCGGGGCCUCUCCCUCAUCCCUUGCACCCAUGGCUUCCUUCCAAGAUAACCUGGAGAUAAACUCCAGUGACAGCAGCAGCCAUAACUCAUCUCCAGCUGACAGGGAGGAGCACCGCUUUUGGCUACAGGAGUCCCAGGCCCAUAUGGGCUGA